GUUUUGUAGUUUAUUGACGUGGAACGGUAACUGUUGAUAACUGAUGAGAGCUGGGAUUUGUAACAGAUUCCUCAUUCUGCAGCUUGGUGUUUUGCAUCAGAUGUGUUGAGCCUUUUGGGAGGACCCUGGCUGGGAGGAGUCCUCUUCGGGGGAAUCCUCAGGGCAACCAUGAAUCCUGACCUGGCAACGUCUGCAUCCCUCUUCCGGAGCCUUGAGCUUGGGACCGGCAAGCCUGGAUCCCUCCCAGGGGUCACGUCCCUGGCAGGGGUCGAAACGGAGCUUCAGAAGAUGCUCAUCGAUGAGAGGAUGAGGUGUGAACACCACAAGACCAACUACCAGACCCUGAAGGUGGAGCACACCAGGCUGCAGGAUGAGUUUACCCGGGGACAGAGUGAGGUAAAGCGUCUGCUCUCCGAGAAGCAGAACUCCCAGGAGCAGAUGCAGAUCUUGCUAGCUGAGCUGCGGGGGGAGCUGCUGGACAAAACCAGGGAGCUAGAGGAGCUCAAGCUGCAGGUCCUGAGCCCCCAGAAAUUGGAGCUUUUGCGAUCUCAGAUACAGCAGGAGCUAGAAGCACCGGUCAGAGACCGCUUCACCCAACUGGAGGAGGAAGCAGAGAGGUAUAGGUCAGAGUUUAACAGGGUGCGGUAUGACUACACCUUCCUGAAGUCCGAGUUCGAUCACCUGAAGGAGGAACACGCCCGCGAGCUGGACGAUAUGAGACUCCGCCUGGAUGCUGAGGUAAGCCGGUUGGAGAGGGACAAGGAAGACCUGAGUGCCAGGCUCCUGAGCUCGGACCCCGAGCGGGACGGCAAGCGAGUCGAGGCACUGCUGCGCGAAAAGGCCCAGCUACACCUGCGGCUGAAGGGCCUGGAAGCGGAGGUGGCCCAGCUGCGGGCCGAGAGGGACAACUCUGGCAUGCAGGCCAAGAACGUGCAGAGAGUCCAGCUACGGCAGCUGGCCGAGUCCCAGGCUGCGAUCAAGGUCCUGGAGGCUGAGAAGCAGUCCCUGCGCAUUCAGCAGGACAGACUGGAUGGCGAACUGCAGCUGAGCCAGGAGCAGAGUGGACUGCUCACCGCGCGCCUGCACAAAGCGGAGAGGGAGGUCAGCGCUCUGACCAGCCAGCUGGAGGAGAUGAGACACUCCCACAAACUGGAGGUGGCGAACGUCAGGCUGGAGUGUGUGCGGGCCAGGGGUGAGCUGGAGGCGGAGAGAGAUGCCCUGCAAAGCAAGGUGGAAGGACUGCAGUCUGACAUGGAUGACCUAAAGGUGGCUCUGGAGCGGAAUAAGGAGCACCUGGCGGAGAAGGAGAGAGAGAUGAUCCGUAAGGUUCAGGCAGCGCGAGAGCAGGAGCUCCACAAAAUGGCAGCGGUCCAGGAGGAGAAGUUGGAGCUGGAGAAUCGCGUGACGGAUCUGGAGCAGCAGAGGACGCUGCAGGAGGCCGCGGAGAUUUCCCAGAAGGAGCAGUGUGAGGAACGGUUCCGGGCCGCCCAGUUGGGCGAGGAAACGGCUCGCAAGGAGGCAUCGUCCCUGAAGAUCAGGAUACAGCAGCAGGCGCGUCAGCUGGAGGAGCUGGAGAAGGAGAAAACAGAGAAUGGAGACCUCCGAAAGCAAAACCAAGAACUGACGGUACAGCUGAGUUCUCUGUCUCAUUCGGAGAGCGAGCUGCUGGAUGCCAACCGGAGGCUGCGGGAGGCGCUGGAGAGGCUGCGGGAGGAUCAGCGCAGCGCCCGCUGCCAGGCCGAAAGGGCCCAGUUGGAGGCAGAGAGGGUGCUGGAGGAGCGACGGGUGGAGUGGCUGCAGGAGAAGCACCAACUGCAGGAGCGUGAAGCCCAACUAGAAACGAAGGGCAGUCAGGCUCGGGAGAAGCUGCAGAGAGCAGCACUGGCCCAGAAGAAGAGGAAGACCAUGAGCGAGCUCAAGGAGAAGAAGCUUCAGGACAAGAUUCAGUUGCUGGAGGCCAGGAUAGAGCAGAUGGAGAUCGAGAAAAGCACAGAGAAUAAGAUUUCCUCCCGCAUGUUGAGUACUGACCUCCCCAUCUCUGUGUCCCUCACCCCCCAAAGAAAGGUGUUUUCUGAGGAGCAGCUUCAGCUCCAGCGCCGCCUGAAGGAGCUGCAUAGGAGGCACGGCGAGUUUCGCCGCUUGCUCCUGGGAACGCAGUCGGCCCCCGGCCCCCCAGAUGAACAGCACCAGAGGCAACUGUCAUCACUACGUCGGCGCCUCGAGGAACUGGAGACUAUGCAGCAGCAGCAGCUAGAGGAUCUGGGCGGCCCGCUGUAGCGUAACGGGGAGCGGGAGAGGAGGGACGCCCCGCCGGCAUCAUGGACUCGCUCCCCGGACUCUGGCGUUAGCUGCUGCUGGAGCACUUCCUAAAACAAAACUGUCAGACGGCCUUUCAACAUCCCCCUGUGGAUGUGGGUUUUCUGAUGUCGGUGCACUGGUGUGAGGGACAUGCUCAACACUGCAGGGCUGUGACGUGAAAAAGGGACACAUUUGCAGCAAUUACCUGACUUUAAUUUAUGCCCUGUUUUCUUUUGGUACUUUACAUGCAGGCAUUAAAUUGUGCUGAAUUUUUA